CCAUUUCUGCUACUUGCCCACUUCUACAGUUCUAAAUUUGAGUUGACCCUCUCUCUCUCUCUUAACAUUUUUUUACUUCAUCUGGGUUUUGCUACUUCUAAUUUUCAUAUUCCCAUUAACUUGUUCUAAAAAAUGUCUCCUUUUUCCAUUCUCUCUUUCUCCCUUUCCUUCCUCUUCUUCUUCUCUCCUUCUCUCUGCUCCAAUUCUGAUGGAAAUGCUUUGCAUGCUUUGAGAAGCAGGCUCUCUGAUCCAAACAAUGUGUUGCAGAGCUGGAACCCAUCCCUGGUCAAUCCCUGUACCUGGUUCCAUGUCACCUGUGAUUCCAACAAUCAUGUAGUUCGAUUGGACUUGGGGAAUUCUAAUAUUUCUGGGUCUUUGGGACCAGAGCUUGCCCAGCUCCACCAUCUACAGUACUUGGAGCUUUAUAAGAAUAACAUAGGUGGAAAAAUUCCUAAAGAGUUAGGUAAGUUGAAAAAUCUUGUGAGCAUGGAUUUGUAUGACAAUAAGUUUGAAGGAGAAAUACCCAAGUCCUUGGCCAAAUUGAAGUCACUCAGAUUCCUACGGCUAAACAACAACAAACUAACUGGACCUAUUCCAAGGGAGCUUACCAAACUCAAAAACCUUAAAAUUUUUGAUGUGUCUAAUAAUGAUCUCUGUGGAACAAUUCCAGUUGAUGGUCCCUUUGCCACUUUUCCCAUGGAAAGUUUUGAGCACAACAGGCUUAAUGGACCAGAGCUGAAGGGACUAGUGCCUUACGACUUCGGGUGCUGAAGCAAAAGCUAAAGCGGCCCGAUUUUGUUAUAAAUCUUGUAAGGACCCUAAUGCUUGCUUGGGGGUUAUCUAUAUGAUUAAAAUAGAAGGGUUGAUAACCCUUGUUACAAUCUGUUGUUGAUGAUGGCUCAGCAUAUAUAUGUUUGUCUUCAAGUAUUAAAACAAAGCAAAUAAGAUGGCUGCCUGCACAAGAUAUGUAACUUUACAUUUUUAUUCUAGCUGAAUGCUUGUUCUGCUGUA